AAUGUUUAUGUUGAUGUGCUCUGCUUGAGUGGAGAAGCUGUGCUGUCUGUCUAAUGAGGAAAACGGCGGCGAGCGGCGGAGCUUUGAGAGGAGCAGCGGGAAGGAUGUCGACAUAUUAUUGACUGACUUAUCGGCGUCGAGGAGAGCGAGCAGAGCCCUGCGUUUUCUUGUGACAGAGCAGCGGUGAGAAUGACGGAGUAUAAGUUGGUGGUUGUAGGUGCAGGUGGUGUGGGCAAGAGUGCUCUGACCAUUCAGCUCAUCCAGAACCACUUCGUUGAUGAGUAUGACCCAACCAUUGAGGAUUCAUAUAGGAAACAAGUGGUGAUCGAUGGAGAGACGUGUUUGUUGGAUAUCCUGGAUACUGCAGGUCAAGAAGAGUACAGUGCAAUGAGAGACCAGUACAUGAGGACUGGAGAGGGCUUUCUCUGUGUUUUUGCCAUCAACAAUACCAAAUCUUUUGAGGACAUCCAUCAAUACAGGGAACAAAUUAAGAGGGUUAAAGACUCAGAUGAUGUGCCUAUGGUGCUUGUGGGUAAUAAAUGUGAUCUACCAGCGCGCACUGUGGAUACAAGACAAGCCCAGGAACUGGCCCGUAGUUAUGGGAUACCUUACAUUGAGACCUCAGCCAAGACACGACAGGGAGUGGAAGAUGCCUUUUACACACUUGUUCGUGAAAUCAGGCAGCAUAAGUUGAGGAAACUGAACCCACCUGAUGACAAUGGCCAAGACUGUAUGAACUGCCGCUGUGUCGUGUCAUGAUCUGUGAAUGCGCAUGACGUGGCUUUAAAAGCGCUGCAGCCCUACAGACCACAAACACUGCAACACCUACACACAGACGCUGGACGUUUACAGCAGACUGUGUAAAAGGGAAAUCUUUAUUCUGUGGCAGCCCUGCAGUCUUUCUAUGGGAUCUCCCCAUCUCUUCUCCUUACGCCGGAGAUGAUAAAAGCUGUACCUCAUUUUAACGGUCUCAACACUGGAGUUGCUUCGACUGGAUGAAAGCUGUCACACUUAAAUAUAUCUACAUUAAACAAACUAUCUACUCGUAACUGGAAGUAAUAGCUCAGAACAUAACCUCUCAUAUUGCUUUUGUCAGAUGUGGAUGUUAGAAAAUGCAAGAUGGAGAGGAGAACUACUGCGUAACUUAGAUUAGCAUACGGCUGGAUGUGAGAAAGAUUUGUAUUGUCAUUUGCUUAGAGGAAGUCCAACCUAAUAAAAUGUACAUAAUGAACGGCGGUCUUCUGCGAACAGGACUUUUAGUGUGUUUAUCAGAGGUUAUGGCGCAAUAUGACGCGAUUAAAUGGUGCGUCUCUGAUAAAUCUCCAUUUUGCACAUUGUGUGAUAUUUUAAAGCGGAGGGCACGCGUUGUUAGCCUUUGGUUUUAGACGGAUCUCCAGGUCUUCAAAAUUGAAUAUCAAGAUCUGAUGGAGUUCAUUUAUGUUAGACAAAUGUAUCACAAGUAACUGGACUGGCUAAAGAAGGCCUAUUGUUGACCGUUUUUUUUGAAAAAGUAAUCAUAAUACAUGCGCUAGCAUACUAUAUAUAUAUAAAAAAAGAAGAUACGCUUGGAUUGAAAAGCCUUUUUGAUAUUCUUGCUCACUACAGUUGUUCCCUUGUUCAGAAACAGUCAUUUCGAGUAUCAUAUUGUCUAAUCUUUCACUUAUGCCAUAUUUAUUCCAUAUUUAUGGGUGAAGAUGUCGUUUAAAUGUGUAAUUUAAAGGGAAAGAAUAUGUAUCUUCUAUCAGACUUCAUAUUCCUUGCAUUAAAUCCUCAUUUUAGGCUUUCCCUUGAGGGAAUCUUCUUUUAUAUUUGCUUUAUUCAUUAACAUUAACUUUGUAAUGACAGAGAGAACCAGGAAGUCUGGAUUUCCUUUUUUUUUUACAUUGUUUAAAAUUAGCUAGUCUCGUUGCAAGGUACUUAUUUCAAAUCAUAGUCUUUCUUAUUAACAUUUGUGAAUCUGAUUUUAUGGCUAGCAGUGAGUGCUUACUCAUUCAGACUGAAAUUUGAUCAUUUUUCUCGAUAAUGAUUGCUGACUGUUUUAUUCCCAUACAGUCUAUUGAUUGUUCUGAAGGACAUACAUGGGUGGAUGUGAUUCUGCCUUUAAAUUGCGUGUCAGUAGCUAUGGAUAUGACCUUCAAGGGUUUCUGUAAGCAUCCAGAAUGUGUUGAUGGACUGCCGCAGAGUAAUGUGGCUUUAUCAGGUGGUUUGAUUGCUGCCGCUUAGGCUACUCAACAUAGUUUUACAUGAACGUUGGGUAAUGGCUGUUACUCACAACACUAACUAGCAUGUAAAACACAGUCUAAAAAUGCAUAGAACUCCAAUCUAUCCUCUAUUCGUUUGAUUUAUUUGUUAAUUUAUUACAGGCAAACUGCUGCUAUUAAAUCUUUUUUAUGACUAAAAACAGAGGGACGACAACACAGUAUUAUUAUGGUGUAAUUAAGUUCAAAUAACCCAAAAGGCUGUGUUGGUUCUGAUAUUAAGUAAGCAUAUUAGCAUAAAAAACCUAAAAACAUGAUUUUUUUCAAAAGACCAUGUGUCUGUGGUGUUCAGAAAACACUGAAUUUCAUUUUGACUACAGUAACGAUUAUUGUGUGAGAAGUAUCAAAUAAAAAAAAAAAGCUUGUUUUGA